CUGGGAUGCUUUGCGUUUGACAGGAGCUUGUCAGAAUAUUCUCCCUUGCCCAGAGGGAGCCUGUGGGCCUGAGGCAGGGCAGGAGCGCUAUAAAAGGCAGCCCAGCUCCCUGCUCUCUCAUCCACUUCUCUCGCCUCCUCUUCUUGGCAACCAGGUGCACCUCUUGCCCAGAGACAUGUCCUGUUGCGACCAGUGCCGUCCCUGUGGCCCCUGCCAGCCCUGCGGCCCGUGCCCGCUGGCCAGCAGCUGCAAUGAGUGCUGUUGCAGGCAGUGCCAGGACUCCGUUGUGGUCAUCGAGCCCUCUCCCGUGGUGGUGACCCUGCCCGGACCCAUCCUCAGCUCCUUCCCUCAGAACACCGCUGUGGGAAACUCCACCUCCGCUGCUGUUGGCAACAUCCUCAGCUGUAACGGAGUGCCCAUCAACACUGGCUGCUGUGACCUGUCCUGCAUCACCAGCUGCUGUGGCAACAGGUGUCGGCCCUGCUAAAUCUGCUGGCAACGGCCCUGGACAAGAACCUCCAAGACCCGAGAGCAUGGUGCUGGACACGAGAUAGAGCUUUGAGGCAUUGUCUUUAGAUCUUUGAGUGCUAGUUUCCUUCUUCCACACUAUUCUCUCUCUCUCUUUCCUUUGCUUUUGUCUUGUCCCAAUGCCAGCCUAGCGCGGGACCUCUUGGCCUGCGUCCCUCUGCAGACCAGGCAGACGGAUACCCUGCAGGAAUUCCACCGCAUCUUGGUGGCUGCCCCUGGUGCUCCCUGGGAGCCACCUCCUUUUCUCCUUUUCAACUCAUUAAAGUUGUGCUGCAUCCAA